CAACACUUACAGUUCUUUCUAGAAAACAGUAUGACAUAUCCUUUUUCACAACAGAAGCUGAGAAAACCCUGCCUUGCCUAUCCAUCUUGUAUCAUGGAUUGGUUUCACUGCAAUCAAUGCUUCAGCCAAGAAAAAUCUGACUUUAGCGUCACUAGCUGCGGACACAUAUUUUGCCAAAAAUGUGCUGGUACAGAUAAAUGCCCUUCUUGUGGAACAAGCUGCAAAUAUUUGUCUCUAAAAGAUAAUAUGAAACAAGAAGAAAAGAAGUUUUUCAAAAACCCUGUUGAAACAGCACUCAACUAUAUUGCUCAUAUCUCUCAGGUGUGGACAUUCCAGAAGAGCCAGAUGGAGCUGCUGGUCUCUUUCUACAAAAAUAAUGCUUCAAAAGCUGAAGGAGCACUCAAGCAAGCUCUGCACAAACUAACUAUCCAGGAAAAAGAACUAGAGGCAAUUCAGAAGGAGAAUAGGGAGCUGAAGAAGAAGUACUUCAGCUUGAAGGCUUUUCCAAGACACCACCAAGGUAGCAGAAACAGCACCCCAAGGCCGGUUGCCAUCACUCCCCCAUCACAGACAGUUACACCACAACCAAUUUUCCAGCGUUCCAGUGAGGUGGUCAGGCGCUCGUCUUCUAUGGAUUCCAUCUCUUCCAGAGUCAGCCAUCUACCCAGCUGGCAGCAUGCCACAAGAGCCACCAGAAUGACCCCAGCUGUCUCUACAAAUGCCACUCCUUCUCCAGCCUCCACUCAGAGUUUAUUCUACGGGGCCUCUCCUUCCUCUUCCCACACCCCCAGCUUCAAUGUCUUCAGUCUGCAAACCCCUAUGGCAAGACUAAGCCAGAGUGCUAAUAACACUGGGCAGCCACAGGAAACUCCAUACUUCAAUCUCAGCAUCUUUCCUGACCCGACAGGAGGUCCUGCGCCAGACCACCGCAACACUGAAAGGCUGCGCCCCAUACAGCUGGGAUUCACUCCUAACUCUACACCAUCCUUUCCCCACAGGUAUUCAUCCAUCAGCCAAGUCCACCAGCAAUAAUGGGGAUGACCAAAGCACCUCUUCUCUUAACCAUUGACAUAACGGGCAAGAUAGACUCUCUGCCCAGAUUUUUUAUACUAUAAAUUCUUUGAAUAUUUGAGCCUGGUUAAAAAGCAACCCAUUAGUAAUUGAUUUGUGCCAUUAGGGGACAUUGUUUUGAUUAAGAUUCUGUUUUAAUGGUUUUUGUUACUUGAGGUAAGCCACUCAGAGUUGUUUGAAGCUGACUGGUUGGUAUACAAACCAUAGUAAAUAAAUAUAUAAAUAAAAUUCUUAAUUAUACAGCACAAAAUCUGUUUAUGUUAUUUAGCACAUGUGACAUAAUUUUAAAAUAAAUCCCUAUAAAGUCUUUGUUUGAGGAAAAUGGCUAAAACUAGCUGGUGAACUUGGCUGUAGCCUUAUUGAUAUACAGUGUUUUAACUUUCAGUUAUUACACUUUAAGUAACCUGUGGGUUCUAGCUCCAAUCUUUAGAUUUAUUUGCUAAGAAGAAAAUGUUAUCACAUUUUAUGUUCUCUAAGCUAAAAAGCUUUGUGUAACUCCAAGAUGAAAUAUUCAAACAAUUUGAUCCAGGUUGCACGUAAUAUAGGAUUAUUUUAUUUGCAACCAAGACUGCUUCCCAGACUGAAACGUAACCGGUAAACCUUAAAAAAGACUAUUCUUACAAAGAGGAAAAAAGACAGAUAUAAUUUAGUGAACAUAAUUAUCUAUUAAUUCAUGGCCAUUUAUUGAGUAAUCAAUACACAAAUCAGAUUGUUCUGCUUAGUUCCAUUUUGGACAAGUUACAGACUCUGAACUUUUCGCUAAGUGCAGUAUAGUCCAUGUACCACCUUCUCUUUAUCUAAGGUUGAUUAGCUUAUUUCAGUACUUUUAGAUUUUCUUGCCUGGAGAGGCAGAUGCUAUUUUUGUAGAGAUUCUAUUAAAAAAAAUGAAAAUGAGAUGGAAUAAAUAGAGUUUUUAAAAUACA